CUGUUUCCAUCGCAGUCCAUGUGGUUGCAUCUCCCCCACAAUUUGCUAAUCUGCUGACAAAUCCAUUGCGAAUAACUUAACUACUAACUAGUUACUAGAUAACUAUACAAUUACAUCCAUCUUCACAAUUUAUCUUCUAUCUAUUCCAAUACACGAUUAACGUAUAUAGUGGGAUAUACACAAUGACCAACUUCAACAUCCAAAUCAUCUCCGACACCGUCUGCCCGGUACCUACCCUAAUCCCCAAACCUCCCAUUACUCCCCGGUCCAUCCCACUAUACCAACAUCUACUAACAGAAUCAAACAAGUGGUGCUACGUCGGCUACCGCCGCCUCACGCGCGCCAUCACAACCCACAAAGCCACCCAUCCCGCAGACACAUUCACCCUAACCUGGCACGCCUUCUACCUGAACCCGAACUCGCCGAGUUUCCCCGGUCUGGACAAGACCGAAUACUACAAGUCGAAGUUCGGCGCUGACCGCGCACUUGCCAUCUUCGAUCGACUGGGUGCCGUGGGCCAGAGCGAAGGGAUCAAGUUCAGUUUUGGCGGGAGGACGGGGAAUACGCGGGACUCGCAUCGGUUGAUGUGGUAUGCGGGGCAGAAGGAGAAGGAGAAGAAGGAUGUAGAAGAGAAGAAAGAAGAGAAUGUGAUUGGGGGCCUGCAGACGAGGGUGGCGGAGGAGUUGUUCCGGGCGUAUUUUGAAGAGGAGAAGAAUGUGACGGAGCGGGAGGUGUUGGUGCAGGCGGGAAUUGGGGCAGGAUUGGAGAGAAGUGAGGUUGAGAGGUUGUUGGAUGGGGAGGAGGGAGGGAAGGAGGUUGAUUUGGAGGCGGAGAAGGCGAGAAGGCAGUUGGUGACGGGCGUGCCGUACUAUAUGGUUCAGGGACAGUAUGCUGUAGAGGGGGCGGAUGAGCCGGAGACCUUUUUGGAGGUGUUUGAGCAGGUGAAGAAGAGUACUUAAAAAUUGGGGUUACGAUAUCAAAUGGGUAUGUAUAAUAAGGCAAUCUACAGGUACUGUUGAUCCCAUGCAAAUUACAUUGCUCUAUGGAGGCAGCAAAUAUGUAACACAAGCAGAGAAGAAGUGUAACGUAGUGGAGUCUAGUCUUAUAAGACAGCCCAUUCUUUUGCCCAUUAAGUCCUCCAAUAAUUCACAACCAUAAGUCUUUGCAGUGGGGGAGGAGAAUUUGCAACCCCAGAGAAAAUCCCCAAACGCCCGACUUGACAAAUGCGAGCAAGUAAUAUCCCCGGAUGAAUUUCAGAAAGAGGAGACAAGGCA